GCGACGAGUCUUGCGCGGCCCUCGUGCCCAGCCGGGCGCAAUAGCAACUUUUGCUGGAGGUAAAUAGAUAUAGACAAUAGCUAGGUAUAGCAGCCAGUGGAACACCCGCAGAGCCUCUGUUGCAAGGUUGCUUUCCUGGCCAGAGACAGGCGACUUGUACUCGAUAGCCUUGAUACGUUCUCUCAAAGAUAAUCACAUCAGAACACCAGAAGUCAGGGGCUCUAGUUCACGAGCCCCAAGGAACAGAAGCAACAACUAGCGCUCGCUUGGAAGGAGCUGCAGUACCGCAGUCUUCGCAAAUGCGCUUGAAGGCGCAAAGGAUGCAGCACACCUAGCGGUGGCAGCCUCAAGCGCAGCCGAUAGCUUGUCUCGCGUGGAUGGCGUGUGUUACGUGUGUGGACUUGGCAUCACUGCUUUUGUGCGAGGCCCAUGCGGAGCACGCGUCAGGCACUUCAGCAGCUGCUGCGAGCAUAUCGUUCAAAGUCUCGGUUGACACUCAGCAGCAGUGCUGGGCGGAGCCACGGCAGGAGCGCUCGCCUGGCUCAACCGGCGGGGAGCACAGGUCGCUGAUUGAUGCGCGGCCACGCCAGAUCGUGUGCCGGGGCUGGCUACGGCCGGGCGUGCGCCGGCUGUUGACGGCGCUGCAGCCACACUACCACACAGCGCUGCUCGUGCGUGCCUGCUGCUGCUCUAGUAGCGAGGGAUGCGGCGUCAGCGGCAUUUGCAGCAGCAGUAGCGCGCGCUACGCUCGCCGCGGGAGCGGCGGCGUGGCGGGCAGCAGCGACUGCGGUGGCAGCAGCACCUGCGGCAGCGUCAACACUAGCGCCAGUGGGGACCGCAGCGUGAGGAGUAGCUCCUGCAGCACCGGGCGAAGCAGCAGCGGCAGCGGCAGCGGCAACGGCAGCGGUAGCGCAGCGCCACACGGGUCGACGCCUGGCGGUGCUCUGCGCGGUUGCGGUUGCGGCGGGCUCGGGUACGGCACCGGUACAGAUCCCACUGAGUUCGUCACAGCACUCCUGGGCGCCGCGCUGCCGGCACUCGACCCGGAUGGCACGUUGUUUGGCGACAGAAUCUUUGUGAUCAUUGGCGCACGCGAUGCUCGAGACACCGCGGCGCUGCACCUGCUUUCCGGAGCCUCGCCACUGGCUUCGUCAUCCGCCAUGGCCGCCACAACCGCGUCCACCGCGCUGGCGUCCUUGCUGCUUGAACCACCAUCGGCCGUUCCCGCGCAACACAUGGCGCCCGGGCGUGUCUUCAGCACCCUCAGGGACCUGCACGCGCUCGCCGAGGCGCUGACUGUGGCGCAGCAGCAGUGCGUGCCUCUGCCUCAGGCGCAGGCUGCGUCAGCGCUUGGAGGCCGCUCUCCCUCCGCCACUGCUGCUCCAGUGGUGGUGGUGACCACGUCGGACCGGUUUAUGUUUGGGCCGCUCAUCGACAACGUCAUUGAAUGCCAGCCGUACAGGACCGAGUACGGCAUGUACGAUGACGUGCUGGACACGCUUGCCACAGCGCUGUGCGCCCCCGGCGGUGCCGUGGCGGCGGCCAAGGGCGGCGCUGCGGAGGUGGCGGCGGCGCUGCGGCGUUGCGGCCUGGCGCCCGGCCGCCUGCAACCCAGCCCGGUGAUGCAGGCGCUGCGGGCGCAGCUUGCGAUAAAGGCUGCAACCGCGGCGUCAGCCAGCAGCAGAGCUGGCGGUAGCAGCGGCAGCAGCAGCAGCGGUUGCGGUGGCAGUGGUAGCGGAGCAGCGGGCGGCGGCCGCGACCCCCGUGCCAUGGCUCGGCUUGUGGAGGUGCUGGCGGCAGCGGCGGCUGACCCCUUGCGCGCGGUGCGCGAGCGGCAGCAGCAGUCAAGCCGCGGGCCGCAGCCACGUAGCAGCAAGAGCGCCGGCGGCGCCGGGCCGCGGCAGCCACCGCGCUCGGUAUCCGCAUCCGAGCGGCGGAGCGGCAGCGGCAGCACAGAGGCCAUGGCACGCGAGGACAUGCGGCUGCAGCACAUGCCCAAGCCGCUGCGGUCCCUGGGCGGCCGUGUCAGCCGCUCCACAGGCGACCUAUCCACCGUAUCCUCGGCGCCGGGCGCGCUGAUGUGGCAGCCCCCUAGGAGCGGCGGCGGCGCGGGCCCACUGCGCGAGCGCCGCAGCGCCGGGCGCCGCUCCUCCUCGCCGCCGCCGCACUUCUUUCUGCCGCCCAUACCGGAGCAGCCGCAGCUGGAGCACCUUGUUGAGCCCGGCUCCGCCUCCUGCCCCGCCAGCCCCAGCCGCUGCGCCAGCGGAUCCCUCGCACUGGCGCUCGUGCCGCCAGAUCCGGCCCUGGCGGUGGCGGCGACGGCUGCCGCAGCCGCCGCUGCAGCGGCGCUGUCCGGCCGCUGCCGCGCGCCCAACACGGCUGGCGGCGCCGUGGCAACGGCCAAAGGAGGCGCCGCUGCGGGGCGGUGGGCCGCCGAGGUGCCCGCCCUGGCCCUGCGUGACAUGGCGCCGUCGCCCGUGGGGCUCUUGUCGGCGGCACUGGCGCUCCCGACGGCCUGCGCCUCCGCACCGCCGUCCGACACGGCCUCGGUGUGCACGCCCAAGUCCCGCGCCACCACGGGCGGCGCGCUGUCCACGCCGCCGCUCUCGCCCACAUCGCCCCUGUCGCCGCUCGCGCUGGCCUCGCCGCUGAGCACGCUGGGCAGCGCCGCCGGCGCCGCCGGCCGCAGUGGCCGCUCCAUCGGCAGCAGCUUCACGAGCGCGCUGGCGGCGGCGGCCGCCGCCAUGCUGCCCAGCGUUGGCAGCAGCGGCAGCCAUGUGCACAGCCGCUCCGGCGCCGGCCGCACGGAGCUGGAGUCGCGGCCCAACAGCUUCCCCUCCGCACUCAAGCCGCCCGCCGCACGCUUCGCAACCGCCAGCUCCAGCAGCCGCGUCUUCCCUGGAUCUGGUACCGGAUUCGGACCCGGAUCUGCCUCCGGUGGGCCCAGCCCGACGGGAUCCGGAUUGCGCGGCAGAUCGGUGUCGUCGACGGGCAUUGCAGCGCUCCCAGGCGCCGGCACCGGCGGCAGUGCAGCAAGCGGCAACGCCUCACCCGGAGCUUCCCUGACCGCCGCCGCCAGUGCCCUGCGCGUGGCGACCUCGCGCCUGUGGUCACGGCUGCUCGGCGGCAACAGCCGCAAAUCGCGGGCCUCGCGGAGCUGCAGCACCGUGGCAGCCUCGCCUGCGGCGACGCCCACAGCCGCCCUGGCAGCAGAGCUCGCCAACGAUUGUACCGCAGGCUCCUUCAGUAUGGCCUCCGCGGGCGCCGUGGCCGCAGGUGCCUCUAUGGCCGCGGUGAAUGGCGGCAGCAGCGGUGCCGGAGGCGAAGACCCCGCGGAAGUGCUCCUGCCGCCCAGCCCCUUCUCCAGCCUGCGGGUGCAGGAGGCUUGCGCGCCCGCCCUGGCGGCUGCAUGUGCGGCCGCGGCUGCUGCAGGCACCGUCGGUAACAAGACCAGCGUUGCAACCACAAUGUCUGCACCAGCGUCGGCACUUGGGACUGCGUCGUCCGGCGUAGCGUGCAAGUCCCCGCAGCGGCGGGCGCUGGACCAGCCGCUUGCGUCCGCGCCGGCGGCUGUCAUGUCGCCGGUUACCUCCCAAGCCGCCGCUGCUGCAGAGGCGUCGGGGGCGCUGCCUGUCGUAACUCCGAUCUCCCGUCGCGACGCGGCGCUUGCAAGCGAGGCGUUGUUUGUUGCCAGCCACAUCGAUGAGGUCCUGGCCGCCGCCCUAUCUGAGGCGGAGGGAGUGCCGCCCACUUCCGCGGCGUCACUCGUGGCGUCUGUGGAGCGCACGAGUGUAUUUGUUGAGCGCAGCAGCAGCGGUGUUUGCGCUGGCAGCAACAGCGGUCGCAGCAGCCCGGUCAGGGGCCCUGCAGCCGGGACGGCCAUAUCGAGGUCCUUGAGUGGCCAGGAGCAGGCUUUGCUGUGUGCGCAACCGCUCUUCGCGCGGGCGGCAGCGGCAGCGAGGUCGCUGGAGCACCCGCGCCUGCGCGACGCUGUGCAGGAGGCGGUGCGGCGCUACCUCAACCCCAGGCGCGGCUCCGUGCGAGAUGCAUUGGUGGCUGUGGUAGACGUGGCUGCGGAGGGCGAGGGCCGCUUGCAUGAUGCGGCCUAUGCCGCGGCGGCAGACGUAGCGGCCGUGGCGGCUACGGCUGCGGCCCGCUGCCGCUCAUAAACAUGAAACCUGAUUGCAAUUUCUCGAUAAUGAGGUUUGUCGCUUGACAAGAUGCUGGAGUGUCGAACAGAGGGCAUUGUGAGAGGAUGCCUGGUGCGGAGUGAUUUCUUCAUCCAUUACCGGGCGAUUCGUGAUUCUUGCAGAGCGGUGUACGGAGGAAGGCUGUCGGCUAGACCAAUCUCGCAGCAAUAUCCCACCUCCUGCUCUUGUGCUUUCCUUGGAUGUAGCUCUGCAAAGCCUAAAAGGUGCAUGGCGUUUCUGGAGUUCCAGCGUCACUAUAUUCUCUUAUAUACGUGUCGUACCACGCGCCAUGUCAAUCGCAUGAAGUUGUUUCCCGAAAGAGACUAGUCCGGAGUGAUUCAUGCGAGUAUAUUGGCAACGAUACACCUUCGCGUCUAAAAGCGCUGCUAGAGCGCGCAAAGGGCCUCCCUUGGGCUGCAAGCUUUGCCCAUCGCUUGCCCAAGCCUGCCCAACAGGGUCUCUUAUACCUAUUCACGUCCACGGACCGGAUGUGAUUGUGGCGAGGCUGCAUAGGAGUGAUUCAUGCGAGAAUACUGGUGCCGAUAUACCUUGCGUUGUUGAUAGGAGUGUCAAAGCGCUGCGAGGGCGUGCGAAGGGUUUCCAUUCCACAUGGGCUGCGAGGUUACUCCCCAAAUGGUUAUCCUCCAACCGCUUUUCCCUGUCCGCACACACGGACUGACGGACUGGGUGUUCGCCAGGAAUUAGCAUCCGUUUUCAUCUUGACGCGAUGAUUAUGGGCGAAGCUGGGCCGGGGUUAUUAUGUGAGCUUGUAUUAUAUGUGUUGCGCGCAUGCGUGUGGUGCGGACAGGGGAGCUCGUCGUCCGCCGCGUGCGGCGCCGGUGGGUGAAAAAUUAAGAUUCGAUGAAGUCUGGAGAGGUCAUUUACAUGUGAACACGCCCAUGCAGCGUGCGACAGGCAGACUUCAUUACCAUUGCCUGGGUUUGCACCAGCUACUUCUGCUUGAAUCCUGUAUAGAAAGGGUGCAUCGAGGGUGUGAACGCUUCAGGUCUCCAGAUGCUUAGUUGGUGCGGUUUGCGCUGCUGGCUUCCAUUUUUUGACACAAAAGCAGGCGUUCACACGCCCACGCACGAUAAGUGCUGAAGAUCGCGCACGCGCACGCGUGUGUGUGUGUGUGUGUGUGUGUGUGUGUGUGUGUGUGUGUGUGUGUGUUUGGGGGGGGGGUAGUUCAUUCCACUUCCAAAGAACCCCGGGGGAGACCUGGGGGAGACCUGGGGGGCGGGUUGUUCAGAUCAGGGCCAGAUCCUCUUGUUCAGGUACGGAUGAACGAACGCGUUUACCCCCGGUUGCGAACAGUGGGGCAUAAGCAGGCAGAGUUUUGGAGUUGGCGGCUGAGGGUGUGCGCGACGCCCUCAAGUGCUUGCGUGGUUGUGCUAUGGCGCUGUGCAAUCGGGUGGUGCCGAACGCAUACACAUCACGCAUCUCCACAGGAGUAAAAUGCUGAUAGUAGCUCAGAGCAUGCUGAUUUCGCCCGCGAUCUGCAGCAGUGCACCUGCAAUGGCGCCCACCGGAAGAUCGCACCGUUUGGUACGAUGGCGUCCGCGUGGAUAGAGGUCCGUUGCUUGGCAGGAGGGCGCCGCAUGACGCUGCUUUGCUGCCACCGGCUGUGAUCCCAUACGAUAGCUGACGAUGUAGCCUGAUGCGAACGGCGUUACUGUGCGUACAGAAUACGGUAGGAAUUACCGUAAGGAAGUAAUGGGUGACAGCACAGAAGUGCCCGUGUGAUAACUUGUUUACAAGCGCGGCUGUUGGGGGGAGGUGCAAGUUUCAUUACAAUCUCGUGUAAUGCGAAGGUUCAGGCAGUAGGGUCCUUGUCACGUAGGGAGAUCCCAAACGCCUCAGCGCUCCAUGCGUUGUACAGAAGCGCGCCUGGUUGAGCUGUGAAGUGGCUGCAGCGCAUGUGGCGGUUUUGACCGGCGCGGGCUUGCGGCACAUGCGUGGGGCAGGUAUGCGCAACGCCAUACCAAUUGCGCCGGUAGUUGAUGACAAGCUGCUUGUGUUGUUGGUGUUGGGAUUUAUUAUCAAGCCGUCCAGCAACGGGAAAAGGAGUGCUAGGCGUAAACAAGCCACGGUACAUCCAUUUGAUGGUCGAAGAUACAGGUACGUGGAGAUUUCGGGUUGCGCUCGUAUCCGUGUGACAUGGGGGCGCACCGGCUUCGUCGGCACCGUGCCCGUUGUGUGAGCGCGAGACCAGGCACUGUAGGGAUUCAUGUUCAGAGUCCGGAGACAGAAGACAUCAGGCGGCCGGUUUCUGAGGAAGACCCACAGCUGUAAUGAAUACAGAGACGCAUUGUGCCACGUGGACAUGGUCACAUGAAUUCUGGAUGCCAAGUUACGGAGGCCGACACCAGGCCACACCGCACCCCCAGCAUCCAGCGGUUGAGAGGGAACAUCUCGGGCCAUAGAGCGAGCGCAGCUACCAGGGUUUCCUGCGCUCGGAGGGUGCUGGGUGGGACCCGAUGGGGCGAGUGAUGAUGAUGUUGUUACAGGUGUAUGUGUGGUCAUCUCAGGACCUGCAACCAGACUAACCGAGCCGCAAGGGCUCCUCGCCACUUGAACAUCAAAAACGAGUGUGCGUAUGUGUUUGUGCCGUGUCGGCAUGGGGGCCAUGCGCGGCAUGGGGCCGCCGUGCCCGGUAGUCGCGGGGCGCUGGUUCGCGCCCGCUACUUUGCGAGUACUCUUCUGC